AUGGGUGUUGAGUCAGGGAUCCCGGAGUGCCAGGUGUCCAGCGCUGACUUGUUGUUGCCACAUUUUGUACGCCCCAGUGCUGUUACUUUCAUGGAGGCUGACGCAGACGGGUUUGUUGAGGAAGGGUUUGUAGGCGAGCCUGAACCAGCCAAGAAUUUCAUGCAGAAUGCCAUCCAUGUGCCAGGUAUGUGCCAUGCGAUCCACAAUGCAUCUUUAAACCUGGAUUCGUCGUGGUCAGAUUUCAAUUGGUUCAUGGACCAGGUUGAAACACUAGAUGCUUUGAUUGGCAAAAAACAAAUGCGGGAUCGUUUUGUCGAAGUUGUGUUGCGCAAUUCACCUCAAUAUGCAAACGGUAAAGACUUGUUCAGCAAGUUUUCUGCAACUCUUUACAGGGAGAGAUGGGGUGAAGUUGCAACCUAUCUGGAUGCAGCGUAUGCUUUGUUUGUGUUUUUGAGGCGUGCUUGGGAUGAGUCAGCUUUCAAGUCUGGACUUGAGGAGAGUGCGGCUUCAGGCCCUAGGAUGGACCCGCAGGCCAUCACAAAAGCGUUGAAAGAUGACUACUUCUUGAUAUACUGGCAAAUGCAAAUGUCAUUGCGUGAUGUCAUUCAACGCUUGCUUCGUUGGUCAGAAGGUUGUCCUUGCCAUUCCACAUUGCUAAUUGAUGCGACCCCACACGUGCGAGAAAAGAACUUACGAGCUGAAAUCUCAUGUCCUGAGGAAGUGCGAUGCCACUGUCCCAUGAUGGGGUGUCGAGCAGCAGAGCUAGUGGCUGGCUCUCUUGACAGCUUUGCUGAAGAGUUGCGCCGCGUGCAGUUGAACGACUUCUUAAGUAGUCGGCUUGUGCAGCUUUCGGUUGAACAGUGGGGUCGUUUGCAAUCUGAAUGGAAACUUGGAAGCGCAUAUAUAUGUGAAAACUUGCAGGUUCGACUUGGCUUCUUCAAAGCGCUUCCAUGGGUCAUCUUGGGGGGUGCCCACCCUGAACUUGAGAAAGCGCGGAGCUGCUUGAAGCGGGCCCUCAUGCUUUGGGAAGACCUGCCAGAGGAUGCCAAGGACAUGCAACACAAAAAAGCGCAAGAGUUGCUUCAACCUGGAAGGUUGAGAGAUGAAUUGCGCAAGUUCAUAGAGCAUGACAUGGCGCUGGAAGAGUUGCCUGUGUUGGAAGCCUACUUGGCACCUCUGGCAUUUGUGCAGGUUGCCGAGCGAAUCAUUGAAGCAGCUCACAAGGAUAUUGGAACACCCCCCAAACAUGGUACCUUGUCAGCGCUUUCCAUUCGCGUACGCUCACCAGAGCUCCUUCGCACAUUGGCUUUGAAGCCAGAUAGUUUCUCACAGCUGGUGGCUGAAUUUGAUGUUGCCCGCAAAAUCCGAGACUUUGCUCGUUCAUUUCCAUGUUAUGUCAAGCACCCAGAUCUUCUUGCGUUGGAAACUGCCAAGCGAAACACCAAUGUACAAACGAGCUCAUAUGUCAAAACAGUCCGUGGUCUUUUGUACAGAGAUGCAAGAACUCAGCAUGGUGACAUUUCAAAAGCCGAAGCUGUCCACAACUUAGCCAAGAAUCUGGUCGACAAGGCCAAGGCAAGAUUUAAGCCCAAAGAUCCAACCCUUUCUCAGGAGGUUCUGUUUGCAAAUGAAGCUACUGCCUUCUUUCGUCAAAUUUGUGAAGAUGACCCUGGGGCUGUCCUCUCAAUUGGCAACGAAUUCUUUAUGCCGCUCAUGCUUCGCCCAUCAGCUAUUCAUCGGCCAUCACAUGCGCCGUGCACAAUUCCCCACAUGCAAAAGAAUGACAUGUUGGUCAUGAAGUUGGCCAACGGCGGGGAUGAGAGUGCGCCCAUUGUCUCUGCCUUGACUGGUGCCGAGAGCCAGUUGUUGAACCUGUGUUCUGUUUCUGUUGAAAUGGGUCUUGACCGCUUCUUGUCCCAAACCAAGGUGUGGCGCAAACCAUGCAAUGUCACGCUUGUGUUGCCUGACAUGCCAACUGUUUCGCAUGUUGACUUGUCCAGGGUUCUUGCGUACAUGGUGGAGAACCAGGCGCUUCCAGAGUUUGGCAAAGGCGUUGGCUUCAGAGUUGGCACUCUUGAUGCUGAUGUGCUUGAUCUCUUGAUUGAAAAAGGAUUUGCAGAAGAGACCCUUUUUGGUACUGUCUUGACCACAGAAGCUGUUGCAAAACUUGAGUUCAAACAUGUUCUGCAAAUGCCACAGGCUUUGAUGACCAUCCGAAACUUACCCGACAAGGAGCUUCAUUGCUUUGAGUUGAUGGUGCGCUUGAAAGAUGCAGGGUGGAGUUGGUCAGCCUUGCCUAAAAGGGUCAAGGACCGAAGGGGAUUGAAUUACCAAGUGGGGCAGCCCCUUACUUGGCACACUGCUGGCGUCACUGUUUGCAAGUCUUAUGCCCUAUGCCUUCUGCAUGCAGAGUUGUUGUUGCAGAACCAUGGGAUUGAGGCUAUUCCGCAUGGCUUGCCUUCUGAAGUGUAUGACAUGGUGUUGCUUGGAAAGUCACCUCAGCUGGCUCUAGAAGAAUGUGAAAAGAAACCUAGGCCAUCUGCACAGAAGCGACGCCAAACUCAGGAGUUGCUUCCUGACGUUGACCUUCCCGAAGAGACACCUUUGGAGCUACCCCCGCUUCCCAAAAGAUUAGCUUUGCCGCCAAGCGAUUUGGCAAUUGACCAGACAGCAGAAGGUGUGCCUGUGCCAGAUGAACUGCAGAGUAUAGAUGAAAUAGAUGAAAGUAUCCUACGUCACAUAGCAGAGAACAGUCACUCCCCCCAUGAGCCAUGUGUUUCAGAUGAUCAGGCUGCUUCGGUGUCUGCUGUAGAUGACAGCAUAGUUCCAGCUGCCCCAGCUCGCGGCCCGCGCCCCAAAGGUGAGGCCAAGCCAAGGUUGCCAAAGUGGGGUUCCUUCUCUUUCCAUAGGAAGUCAGCAGAAUUGGCCCCUCCGCAUGGUGGUGUCGAAGCAGUGUGUCGGUUCCAUGCUUUGAACAACCGCACUGGUUGCAAGAAAUUUGUUCGGAUACAGGGGCCUUCAGAGCAGGAUGAAGAACUUUGUCUCAACACUUUGCGCCACUGGUGCAACCAAGCCAUGAAAUUUGACCGCCAGCGCAAACGCAUGAAAAUGCCACUGCGCCCUGCGGACAUCCCGCCGGAAGACGUUGUAUGGUUGCAAAAACUGGAGACAGAGCCGCCUGAAAAGGCUCCCACAGACCAAGCCUUGGAUGCUGCUUUGGAUUGCAGCGGUGCGGAGUGGCUACAUUUCAUUCAGAAGGCCGGCGUGCGCGACAUGAAAUGCAUGCGAUAUGUAAUGGUUUUUGGCGUUUUUGUGCUCCGCGACGGGUUGUGUGAGUGGCCAUCAGCGUUGCCUGCCAUGCAAGACAAGCUGGCUUCAGUGCUAGGUGUCACUCCUUGCCUUGAGCGGCGUGUGACAAGCGGUAAAGAGAAGAUCUGGGUCACAACAUCUUUUUCUGGUAUGAGUACUUUUGAACAUGCUUUGGAUCGAAUUUCUGGCGCCUUCACCCCACCCAUCGGGACGCGGCCGCAAGGGUGUCAUGGUGCAUUCCAAUUCUGGAGCAUCCAUGAGAUCAGCCACCAGUGCAGAGAGCUGGCCUUUGAAUCCAAGAUGUGCCCUGAGCAUAUUUUUGGUGACAUUUGCACACAAGUUCCUGAGUCACUUCAGGAGCAGAUGUCCUUCAUUGUGAAUGCUUGCGAGGGGAGGGCCAAGUUAGCAGCAAAGUCAGGCAGGAAAGCUGCACAGGUCAAAGAGGAGUUGGAUAGGUUGAAUGAGCGGUGCAUGAACAAGCUUUUUUCACUUGUGUCGAAGGCUGCCGCAGAAGGCCAACUUGCUGAGAAAGGUUGGUGUUGGAAGCAUGGGCAGGAAUGCCCGCUGAGCCCACCCAAGGAGGAAGGAGAUUUACACCUAGAGAUUGGUGGCAAUGUUUGCGUUGCAUUCACACCGCAAGGAAAUCAAGGCCGGUGGAUCCACGCAAGUGCCAUUCCGGCAGCUAUUUGGCUCAUCGCCACAGCUCACAGACAGGUUGACUUGGUUUUCCAGGAGUGCUCUCAUCGAUUCAACACACAGCAAGUGUUUGAGAGGACCUUCAAGGAAUCUGAAGGUUGGGCCACAUCAGUUCUUCAGCUUUCCCCAAUGGAUGUUGGGGUUCCUAUGCGUCGACUUAGAAACUUCAGCUGGACUGUGAACACAAAACGAUUGGAGCUGCUCAUGCCUUUCACAAAUGAUGCCUUCUUGAACAUUUGCGGCUCUCCUGUUUCUUUGACAGGGCAUGACUUCUUCUGCGCUCCUGCAGCCUUGGUCAAGGACUGCGUGAGGAAUCUUGCCCAGAAACGAGGCAUGCCUCUUGCAAUUGGGGCAAGGCUUGGGGCAGCUGUGCUUCCUACAGGAAUGAGAAGCCGACUUUUGGAAUACCAAGCUUUGUUGAAGUCGGCUCCUGAUGGGGCCAUUGUGCCCAUCUUCGACUUGUCCCAGAAUGCCAAAGUGCGGCCAAAGAUGGAACACCUGCUGCCAUCUUUCCUCACAGGAUCGUUGAUAUGGUCUGAGCAGUGCCGCCGGGAGAUGUUGUCGCAGGAAGCUUUCUUGGCAUUUGGGUGGCCAGUGCCUGGCUUGUGCCAGAGUGGUCAUGAGUUUCCUUUUGAUGUGGAUGCAUUCUUUGAUGUCAAGAAUGAGCGUUUCCUGGUGAAGGCGUUGGGCAAUUCAGUUCACUGUCGUCUGGUUGGCUUUCUCAUGGCCUUCGGUUUGAGUAUCACGAAGAAGGUCGCAAGAGAAGAAGGGAAAGGGUGGCGCGCAGCAGCGCCUGUGUAA